AUGACACUCUCGAACGGCAGACUCAUCGACCCAGCGUCACCAUCGCUGGACGAGUUCAAGCAGAUCUGCUCGCAAACCACCGACAAAGCCCGCUACCCCCUGGCCCAGUCCGUAGAAAAGAACAUCCCCAUCUACGACGUCUCAUCAUGGACCACCGUCCCCCCGGACCUGGCCACCCGCUUCCAGGAUGAAUGGUACGACAUCCUCAGCACCGGCCCGGGCAUCUACGUCCUGAAGGGCAUGUACGCCCCCUCGCAGUACGGCGACACCCUCGCCGCCACCAACGCCGCCUUCCAGCACAUCAUCGACGAGGAGCAACGCGCCAGCACCGCCCCCAAGGGCGACCACUUCGCCGCGCGCGGCAAAAACGACCGCAUCUGGAACGCCUUCAGCAAGCACGCGCGCGCCGACCCGGCCUCCUUCGUCGCCUACUACGCCAACCCGUGGCUGCACCUCGCCAGCGAGGCCUGGCUGGGCCCGGCCUACCGCAUCACCGCCCAGGUCAACAUCGUCAAGCCCGGCGCCGCCGCCCAGCACCCGCACCGCGACUACCACCUCGGCUUCCAGGAGGACGCCCGCUGCGCCGCCUUCCCGCGCGCCGUCCACCGCGCCAGCCAGCACCUCACGCUGCAGGGCGCCGUCGCGCACAGCGCCAUGCCCGCUGCGAGUGGGCCUACCCGCUUCCUCCCCUUCAGCCAGACCUUCGAGGCCGGGUAUCUCGCCUGGCGGCGGGAGGAGUUCUCCGCGUUCUUCGAGGAGAAUUAUGUCGCGCUGGAGCUGGGGCUCGGCGAUGGGGUGUUCUUCAACCCGGCUGUGUUCCAUGCCGCUGGCGCGAACGAGAUGGUGGACUCCGUCGCGCAGGGGGGGUUCCUCCGCAAGGCGAACCUGCUGCAGAUUAGCAGUGCGCUUGGCAAGGCGAUGGAGGCGGUUGAUGCGGUGCCCAUCGUGGAGCGCUGCUGGGAUGUGCUGCGGGGACGGUAUGAGUCGGCCGGGGGGAGGGUCGAUGCGCUGCUGGAGAAUGCGGUGCGAGCCAUCGCGGAUGGGUAUCCGUUUCCGACGAAUUUGGACCGCCGGCCGCCGGCGCCGAGUGGGAUGGCGCCGGAGAGCGAGCAGGAGGUGGUGUUGAGGGGGUUGAGGGGGGGAUGGACGGGGGAGAGGGUGGUGGGUGAGAUGAGGAAGAUGAGAGCAGACUCUAUGGCUGCCUAG